CAUGUCAGACGUGGAGUAUGUGGAGGCGCUGCUCAAACACGCCAAGCUUGAGAACUACCAGAUCGGGCUGACCAAGGUGUUCCUGCGCGCGGGGCAGAUGGCGCUGCUGCAGAGCAUGCGGCUGGACGCCAUGAACGAAGCUGCCAGGAAGAUUCAGCGCGCCACGCGGCACUUCCUCUUCAAUCGCCACCGCAGGCGCGCCGCCCUCCUCAUCCAGACCCACUGGCGAGGCCACUGUGCCCGCGCGGCCUACCAGCAGCUGCGGAGGGACGUGGCGGCAACGACCAUCCAGGCGGCGGAGAGGGGGCGGCAGCAGCGCCUGCGCUUCCUGCAGCUGCGCCACGCCGCCCUGGUGGUGCAGGCCGCUGUGCGCAUGCACCUCUGCCGCACCGCCUAUGUCAACACUCGCCGCCGCCUCGCCGCCACCCGCAUUCAGAGCACGUGGCGAGGCUACAUUCACAGGCGGCCAUGGAGGGCGCUCAAGCACAUGCUGGCGGGUAGAGUGGCGCGCCUCAGACUGCACAACCUCAAGCUGGUCAGUGAUAACGUUCCCCUGUUCUCGCCAUCCAUACUAACCAAUCCCCCUCUUCUCUUCCUUUUACCGGCGUUUCUGCUACUCCUGCGCUGCUUACGCCUCUCACCUUCCAUACCAGCCAAUCCCCCUCCCUGCCUCCUUUUCCGGCCCUUUCUGCUUCUCCUGCUCUGCUUACGUUUAGGAGGCAAGCCUGCACGUGGAUCUGGCGUGUCUCAGCAUCCAUACCAAUCAGUUCCCCCUCCCCCCACCUCCCCUUCCCCUUUUUCCCGCCGUCCCCGCUCCUCCCACUCCAACCACCCGCAGGAGGCGAGUCGACAGGCAGAGUUGGCGCCGCCACGCAAGAAGACGGACGUGGCCAUCGAGACCAUCCGCAUGAUGACACUGCGUGUGAUGCGGGUGAGAGAUGACACUGCGUGUGAUGCGGAUACCUCUUCGUUUCAGGCAGGCCUAGCCUUUCACUCCUUGUCACCUACCUUCCUGCCCCUCGCUGCACCAAUUCCUUGUCUCUCCCGCAUUACCCAUAUUCACCCUCUUCCUCCCUUUGCUCGCACAUCCAUCUCUGCACUGCUCGCGCGCCUCAUCAAAAUCCCUCUUCCCCCUUCUCAGGAAAAGGCCGAAAAAAGCCGUGCAAACUCAGAGCGCCAGCUGGCAGAGGUCCGUGCUGAGCUGGAGCGGACCAAGAAGGAGCUGGCAGGCAAGGCGCGUGAGGUGGCGCGGCUGGUGGGGCAGCUGGAGCAGGAGCAGCAGCGGGCAGAGCAGGCAGAGGAGCGGUUGGAGGAGAUGCUGAGGGAGCAGGACAGGGAGCGGGCGGAGGGGCGGGAGCGAGUGCUGCAUGUGGCAUCUGUGGCCUCACAUAAAGCAGCAGCAGGCGGAGGAGGAGGAGCAGCAGGGGCGCUGAGCAGCCUGCCUUCCUUCGGCGGGUCAGGCUUCUCUUCGUCCUCCUCCUCACCCUCCGCUGCUGCAGCUGCAGUGGCUGCGCUGGCAGGGGGAGCGCUGGGAGUGGUGGUGGACAAGCAUUUGUCGUCGCAGCAGAGCGGGGGGAGAGCGGGGGCACCAGGGGGCAAUCUGGGGGUGCCAGAGGGGUCGAGGAUCCUCGCCCGGAUGGCAUCGCGCAGACACCCCUCGCCGCACACGCCUGCCAAUCACCCCACGUGGGAGGAAACCGCUGCUGCUGCUGCUGCUGGCGGUGCUGCGGAUGGUGCUGCGAGUGCUGCUCUCACGAGCUCCCCGUCCUUCUCCUCCUCCUCCAGUCGCUCCUCGCCCGUCCCUCCCGUGCCUCCCUCCUCCAUAGCGUCCCCCCCUGGCAGCAGCGGGGGUGGCAUGGCAGCAGCAGCCGCGGCAGCAGUGGCAGCGAUGGAGAGAGCUGAAGGCGCAUCGGCAGCAGCGGCGGCGGGGGAGGGUACGCACGACGGCGCCCACAGGGGCCAUGGCGGCGCGGCGGACGCCCAUCACCUGCCGUGCAUUCAGGAGUCGGCGUCACGCGAGGAGGGCGAGGAGAAGAAGGUGGUUGCAGUCAGCAGAACCAGCAGCGGUGGCAGCGGCACCGGGGAGUUUGGUGGCAGCAGCGGGGGGCUGAGGCAAGUGCGGUUCCCCUCCAUGGGACCGGAGGAGAGCGAGGCAGAGUACACGCGUGCCAGCACGCUGCCUGUCGGGAGGAGCAUGCUGCGGCAGCAGUCCAUGGGGAAGGCCCUCAAACUCGCUGCUAACGCUGAUGCUGCUGCUGGGGGUUCUGGCGGCGGGACCGACGGUGCGGAUGCACGGCUGGCGAGGAUCCGACGGCUGCAGUCGUCCAACCCACGGAUGGGUGGAGGAGCAGGCGGGGAGGGUGGUGGCGGGCCGGGUGUGCCGCGGCCGCUGGUGUCGGCCAAGUCACUCACGCGUGAGGAGGCAGUGCGCAUGCUCGCGAGCGCACAGCGAGAUGCGGAGGAGGCUCAGAAGGUGAGGGGGAUGAGGGGGGCGUACAAGCUCAAGGAGGAGAGGCGGCAGCUGCAGGUGCUGUACCGGGAGGCAGUGGCGGCAGCAGAGACGGCACUGGCGGCGGCAGCGGAGGAGCGAGGGCGGGUGGGUGAGUUGCAGAGGACCGUGGAGGGGAAGGACGAGGAGAUCCGAGAGCUCACUGAGAAGAACCAGGAGCUGCAGCUCGCGCUCACCCUCAAGGCGAGGGAGGUGCGUACACUCAGCCAGCGGCUGCUGGCGUCGCAGGCUGCCAGCGACACGGAGGAGCUGCCCAUCGAUAAGCAGCAGGAGCUGCUGCUGUCGGAGGUGGCGAGCAGCCGCUUCCCGUUCGGCCCCGAGGGGCAGCCGGUGGCGGCGUGCAUGGUGUACCGUGCGCUGCUGCAGUGGGGGGCGCUGGAGGCGGAGAGGACCAACACGUUCGACCGCAUCGUGGAGGCCUUCCAGCGCGGCUCCACCGACCAGCUGCUGCCUGCACAGGCCUACUGGCUCACCAACCACAUCGUGCUCUACUACCUCGUGCAGGUGGUGUACCAGCCGCCAGUGGAGCAGCCCGCGCAGGAAAGCUUCUCCUUCUCUUUCUUCGGCAUGGCCUCCCGCCCCGCCGCCCCUCCCAAGGCAGCGGUGGAGAGGGUGGAUGUGAUGCUGUUCAAGCAGCAGCUGGCCACGGGCACGGAGCGCCUCUUCGUCACCAUCAGGGACGCCGCCAAGGCCGAGCUCGCCAAGCACUUCGCCCUGCCCUCGCAGGACGCGGCAGCGGAAGCAGAGGGCGACCAAGCAGCCGGUGACGCAGCGGCAGGGAAGGGCGGCAAGGCGGGCGGCGGCGGGGGGAGGCGGCUGGCGCGGGGGAGGGCGAGGGGAGGGGGGCGGUCGGGGGCAGCGAUGGUGCGGAAGCACGUGGUGAACUACUGGGCGAACGUGGUGGUCACCCUCAAGCAGGUGACGGCCACGCUGGCAGCAAACCACGUGCCAGCAGUGGUGGUGGAUGCGCUGUUGAGGCAACUGCUCUUCUUCGUCAACGUCAAGAUCGUCAAUGGGUGA